AUGAACAUAAGAGAUGAUGGUGGUCAAGACGAUCUACUGUUGGAAGUCGUGAUAGUUUUAACGUGGUCCGGCGGGUGGAUGGUGAUGAUGACAUUGAUGUUUAAUUGUGGAGAUGUGGCUCGCCGUCCUGCUCCGCCUCACUGCUGUUGCCGCCUUACUCCGCUCACCGCUGCUGUCACUCUACAGCCCCCUGCUCCGACGCCGCCUGCUGCCGCCUCUGAUUUUGAGAUUGAUCAAGAAAUCAGAAAAAUGAAGGAAGAAGAAGUGAACAGAUGCCAAAUCCAAGAAUGGUAUCCAAAAUUCAAAUCCACAACCAUAAAAACAAUAAUCCAUGAGCUCCCGGAAUCCUUCAUUCAGUAUCUCCUGGAUGAUUCCGGUCCUUUCCUCCUUCCGCUUUCCAUUUCCAAUUCCGAUGCAUUACCCAACAGAAUCCACAAUUCCGAAGACCAACAAGACUACAUUAUAUCCCAAGAACAAGAAUCCGAUGACGAAUCAGAACAACCACCACCACCACCUUCAUUCCCGGAAUUGGAAUUACAAAUCAACGAAUCAAUCAAAACACUCGGUGGUGCCAUCUUCCCUAAACUCAACUGGACCUCCCCUAAAGACUCUGCUUGGAUCAGCUCAACCGGGACCCUCAAAUGCACCUCGUUUACCGAAAUUGCCCUUUUGCUUAAAUCAUCCGAUUCAUUGGUCCACGAUCUUUGCCAUGCUUAUGAUUUGUGUAAUGACUGUAAUGCCCCUAGACCUGAUCGUUUCUUCCUUGCCCUUCGGAAAUGGUACCCGUCUCUCCACCCGGAAAUGGAAUUCCGUUGCUUCGUCCGGAAUCGCAUCCUGGUCGGAAUCUCGCAACGAGAAGUCACGGGGUUUUACCCGAUUCUGAUCGAAAAGAAACAUGAAUUGGAAACAGGAAUCAAGAAAUUUUAUAUUGAGAAUGUGAGAAUGAGAUUUGAGUCGGAAAGUUACACGUUUGAUGUGUAUGUGAGAACGGAUGGGGAGGUUAAGCUUUUGGAUUUUAACCCGUGGUGUGAGGUUACAUUGCCGUUGUUGUUUACAUGGCCGGAAUUGGAAUCGGAAUCGGAAUCGGUGAGAGGGGGAAUGGAAUUUAGAAUGGUGGAGAGUGAGUGUGGAGUGAGGCCGGGUUUGAAGACAGCGGUUCCAUAUGAUUAUUUGGAUACAAGUGAAGGAAGUGGUUGGGAUCAGUUUCUUAGAAAUGCUGAUCACGACUUGAGGCGACAAACCAGGUCCUCUGGUGCCUAGCUUUAUCAAGUUUUUAUUAAAUAGUCUUUUUAUUUAUAAUUGAACAUCAUACUUUAAAAAAAAAAAAAAAAAAAAAAAAAAAAAAAAAAAGCUACCAAUAGACUUUUUAUUAUUUUCUUGUAUAAGAGGACUCGAGGACCUUCAACUUAUAUGACAACUUGGAUCAAUAUGUUUUUGAAGUGAAAUCAUGAAAAUGUGUUUUUUUAGAGUAUUUACUAAAAUGCCCACACAAAAGCCCAAUAUUUUAUUACAAUCAGUCGACCACAAUUCCAACUAUUUAACAAGCCCAAAUAUAAAACCCAUAUAUUCUAAUGUUCUAUAAUUUCGACUGUUGUAACAAAAUAAACAAGUAGCGGUGAAUUCUGAUCCUUGAAUUUGUUGUCUCGAACUGGUUCUGUGUUGGUUUCGAUUUAGGAUUUUUCUAUCAACAAAUCUGUAAUUAAUACCAAAAUGAUACAUUGAAAUUUAAUAAAAUAAAGUAGGGAAGAAGUUGGGUAAUUUGUUGCUUAGUCAUCUCAAAGAAGUUGAGAGAAAAGGAUGAUGGGAUUGUCGAUCCGAUUGUAGUAUAUAAUUGGAUUAUCAAAAUGGAGACGACAUUCAAUGCAUGUUAAUAUAGAUACGAUCAACGAACAAAUUUUGUAGUUACAAAGCUCAAAACUCAAG